AUGACCGACAGGAAAGAGCCACCCUUCUUUAAUGACGACAGUGUGGGAGCUUUUCAGUAUAAACUCCCCUUCUAUGACACUAUGGAGCUUUUCAUAGAGACCCUUACGGGGACCUGUUUUGAGCUGCGCGUGCUGCCUUUUGAGGCUGUUGUUUCAGUCAAAGCCAAGAUCCAGAGACUGGAAGGUAUUCCAGUUGCCCAGCAGCAUCUUAUCUGGAACAAUGUAGAGCUGGAUGAUGAACAUUGUCUACAUGAUUAUGGCAUUGCAGAGGGAUGCACAUUGAAACUGGUUUUAGCUAUGAGGGGAGGCCCAAUCAACACCAGGAGAGUUACAAUAGAGGAUCCUAUCAAAGACGUGGCUGACCUGAUGGAGGGCACAAAGGAGGAGGGAUGGGAGAAAAACCUGACCAACAAGCAGGUCACGUUUGUGGUCUAUCGUGAUGGUGACCAGCUCAACUUCUUUCGAGUGGUUGACAGGGGUGAUGGUACUCUGACCCCUCUGUCUGAAUCUCUAAGUGGUGGCUCUGUGUACAAUAUGUAUGCUGAGGAGGAGGACGUAGAGGGUUCUACAGCCGCGCAACAGAGCCUUGAAAACUCAAUCACUAUGACAAAAAUGAAGCUGCUCAAAGCCAAGAUGGAAGACAUGAACCUUAGCAAGAAGAAAUCAGUAAAGGUAAAACCACGGGCUCCUGUGAGUCCACAUCCCGGCAGCAGCUCCUCUGGACCUGUCAGCUCCCGACAUCACCAUCGCCUCUUUCGCUCGCUCCCACAAAUCAACCAGCCUCGACAGAAAAUAGCCCCACUACCUCCAAUUAUAGACCAUGAAGCCGUAGACCCCCCUCUGCUCACUGCCACUGCCAGCUCUGCCCAUCUGACAAUCCCUAAGCGGUCUCCUCCUUCUUUUUUGUCACCAUCUUGUUAUAUGCUUCAGGAGGAAGAACCAUGGGAGGCAUGCCCACCAUUUGCAAAAAUUCGCCCCCCUCCCAAAGUAUCCCGUAUGGAUAUUGGCACCAGCAGGUUGAUGAGAGACUGUGUUUAUCCUCAGCAUACCCCACUGUGCACCAGGGGGACUCCCGAAGGCCCCUUUGACCCAGCUGAUCCUCCAGGAGAGGCGGUCAGGGUGGGUUUAUUAGAGAAACCGGUUGGACUUGUGGCACCAGCACAGCCUGGGGCUUCAUACGGGGAACUGACAGACCCCGUCGGACUCAACAUGUCCUUCCAGCCAGAGGGAGAUUGUCAACCCUUUAAUGUUGGGGCUCAGCACCAGCUGCCACACUCCUCUCUGCUCAGUCCUUGGAAGUUGGGAGCAAGCGAUGCACUCACCAGUAGAGCUGAUGGAGCAAAGCUUAGUACAUCAGUGCAUGUUAGCGCUCCCUCUACAUUAGCUACUUCUUCCUCAAAACCCACUUCAACGAGAUUGCUGUGUCAGCCUUUUGAUUCCACACUUUAUUUACAGCCUAACCUACAAGCACAAUCCUCAGUAGAACCAGGCACUGCCUCCCCUCAUCCCCCAACCAACUUGGCAAAUUAUCCUCCACACCUUCGGGGGGUUAAAGUUGAGUCACCGGGAAAAAGACCAGAGCUUAUCUCCAAAAAAGAAGCAAGAGGCAUCACUAAUAUGGAAAAUCAAGCCUAUAAGGAGCCACUAGGGUCUCGGAACAACUCUAAGUUGUUGGCUUCUCUCUCCACAAGGCCUCCAGACAACAGCAGCAGGGACGGCAUAGGAGAGAGUCUGGGAAUUGCCCUGACUUUGCCUCCAGUAACAUCAGGACAGGGUGGUAUUGGUUCCAGCCUGCCAGUUAUCCCAACUAAUCGGUUUCUUCAGGAUGACCUCAUUAGACAAAUGACGCCGCUGACCCGAACAGCAGCUGCUUACAGAACAAGCAGCUCCUUGGCUUCAGCUGCUGGAGUCAUGACAUCAUUCGGGACUAUAGGCACUCCAGCAUACCACCUACCUCCAGUCAAGGCCCCCGCAGGCACAAAGAAGAAAAGCUCAAAGCACUGCUUCCUCUGUGGCAAGAAGACUGGGCUGGCCACCAGCUACGAGUGCAGGUGCGGCCACAAUUUCUGUGCCACCCACCGCUACGCAGAGACUCACGACUGCACUUUUGACUACAAGAGUGCUGGCCGACGGUUCCUGCAGGAGACCAACCCUCUUAUCAGUGCGCCCAAGCUGCCUAAGAUCUAG